CAGUCGAUAUCAAGGAAAUGGUGCAUCGAAUAUUUAAAGCAAUCGUCCCACAUACCAACAAACGUAAUCUUGAGCUCACUUUGUUACAACAAAUUAAUACAUUACAAACUUUAAGGUAUCUUGUAGACGGUGGAAUGGAUGAUCGAAUGCCUUGUUAUUCAACACGGUCUAUUUUUAUGCCAUUUAUUACUACAUCACGACUUCGCUCUUUAUUAUCUGGUUGGUGUGUUAAUGAUUAUAGCUUAUCGAUACAUCAUUUAAAUGGUAUUUCUGAUCAGUUACAAGUUGAAGCUGCUGGAUUUAUAUCAACAAAUAUCGAAACAACCGGUUUAUUUGAGGAUAUUACGAAGGCAUACUCAUCAUACUACUCAUUUGAGCAAGCAUUGUUGGAAACGCGAGUUCAUUUUUAUGAAAACAUGUCAUAUACAGUAUUUAAACCUGACGGUGAUUAUCAUACAGUAAAAUUAAAAGUUGGCGAAAUAGUUGAAGUUACACGAUAUGAUGAAAGCGAACUGACAUUUGGCAAAAUAAUGAGUAUAAUCGAACAUUCAUGGAAUGACAAUCAAGAAUAUGUUUUUCUUUGUUUUGAUUGGCUAGAAGAUCUUAAUAAAUGGGACUCUUUGUUAGAUUGUCAAGUCUAUCAUAUUCAACAUAAUUCUUUGAGCCGAGUUCAUCCAAUUUCUACAGUAUUACAAUCAUCAGGCAUUCCUUUUAUUCACUAUUGUGAUUCAAACUGUUCUUUUCAACGACAUGAUACUACAAAUGCUGAGUAUAUCC